UCCUUUCCUCCGCCAUCGCCGCGGUGCGAACGUGGCGCUUCGCCAUGUCUUCCCACAAGACCUUCCGGAUCAAGCGCUUCCUGGCCAAGAAACAAAAGCAGAAUCGGCCUAUUCCUCAGUGGAUUCAGAUGAAAACUGGUAACAAGAUCAGGUACAACUCCAAGAGGCGGCACUGGAGGAGGACCAAGCUGGGUCUGUAAGGAGUCACAGGAGACGCACGCAUGCACAUUUGCUGUGAUAGGCUGCUAGUAUCUUGAACACACAGGCGAAAAGGCACCAUAAGUUGAAGUCAUGUUUCUUUGAAUAGAGAAUCUUCCUCUAGCUUCUGUACCUCAUUGACAACUCAGUAAUAAAUCUUGUGAUACCGUGAAAAAAAAAAAAAA